GAAAAAAAGCGAAAGAAAUGCUACUGACUACAGUUUGUCUUAAAUGAGACCCGAAAUUUAGCAUUUCUUUCUCGGCUCACACUCCGAUUGAGGCCGGCUCUCUCUCUCUCUCUCUAUCCUCUCCGCCGUCUUUGUCUCCGGCGACGCAGAUCUGAACUCCAAGACGCAGCUGCGAUCUACCUGAGCCUUUUUUUGUUCUGAUUGACUCUCCUCAGAUAUUCUUUCAAAAAUGGCGAAUUCCCGUCAAUACUAUCCUUCUCAAGAUGAAUCAAUGUCUCCGACUUCCGUGAGAUCAAGGGAAUGGGAAGGUCCUUCCAGAUGGACUGAGUACUUGGGACCUGAAAUGGCUUCAUCGGUGUCGUCGAGGAGCUCAAAGCAUGCGAACUCUGAUGGACAUGUUCAGAGCUCCGGUGGUUCAACUAAGGCUCUGAACAUACAGUGGGUAGUUCAAAUGAUCGAGGUUGCAGAAGGUCUCAUGGCUAAAAUGUAUAGACUGAAUCAAAUCUUGGAGUACCCAGAUCCUGUUGCUCAUGUAUAUUCCGAAGCGUUUUGGAAAGCCGGUGUGUUCCCUAAUCACCCGCGGAUAUGCACGUUGCUCUCGAAAAAGUUCCCUGAGCAUUUCAGCAAAUUACAGCUUGAACGUAUUGACAAGUUUUCUCUGGAUAGCCUGCACGAUGGUGCUGAACUUCACUUACAGAGCUUAGAGCCAUGGAUACAGCUGCUGCUCGACUUGAUGGCAUUCCGAGAACAGGCACUACGGCUUAUAUUGGACCUAAGCAGCACCGUAAUUACCUUGCUGCCUCAUCAGAACUCACUUAUACUGCACGCAUUCAUGGAUCUCUUUUGUGCAUUUGUCCGAGUCAAUCUUUUCGCAGAGAAGAUUCCUAGGAAAAUGUUGCUGCAAGUGUACAACCUUCUGCAUGCGCUAUCAAGAAAUGAUCGAGACUGUGACUUUUAUCACCGCUUGGUGCAAUUCAUAGACUCUUAUGAUCCCCCAUUGAAAGGCUUACAAGAGGAUUUGAAUUUUGUCAGCCCAAGGAUUGGAGAGGUCCUGGAGGCUGUAGGACCCAGUAUUUUUCUAUCUGCAGAUACAAGGAAGUUAAGAAAUGAGGGAUUCUUAAGCCCAUAUCAUCCUCGAUUCCCGGAUAUACUUACAAAUUCUGCACAUCCCAUGAGAGCGCAGGACCUUGCAAAUGUUACUUCGUACCGAGAAUGGGUGCUUCUUGGAUAUCUCGUUUGUCCUGACGAGCUUCUUCGUGUGACUAGCAUUGAUAUCGCCCUGGUUGUGCUAAAGGAAAACUUAGUUGUGACUUUAUUUCGGGAUGAGUACAUCCUGUUGCAUGAGGACUACCAGAUGUAUGUUUUACCUCGCGUGUUAGAAUCAAAGAAGAUGGCAAAGUCUGGUCGGACUAAACAAAAGGAAGCUGAUCUAGAAUAUAGCGUAGCAAAGCAAGUUGAGAAAAUGAUCAGUCUUAUUGUUGUUCUGGUCGCUGCUUUCAGUGAGGUGCAUGAGCAAGCAUUGCAAUUAUGUGAUACCAUACACAGAGAAAGGAGAAUAUUGCUGAAGCAGGAAAUAGGGCGGAUGGUUUUAUUUUUCACUGAUCAACCAAGUUUGUUGGCUCCAAACAUUCAGAUGGUAUUCUCUGCAUUGGCUUUGGUCCAAUCUGAGGUUCUCUGGUAUUUCCAACACGCUGGUAUUGCAUCCUCAAGAUCCAAAACUGCUCGAGUAAUACCAGUUGACAUAGAUCCAAAUGAUCCAACCAUUGGCUUCCUGCUAGACGGAAUGGACCGUCUCUGCUGUUUAGUGCGCAAAUACAUCGCAGCUGUUCGUGGGUAUGCACUAUCAUACCUUUCUUCAUCUGCUGGGAGGAUCCGUUACUUGAUGGGCACCCCUGGAAUCGUGGCUCUGGACCUUGAUCCAACCUUGAAAGGCCUUUUCCAGCAUAUUGUGCAACAUCUUGAAAAUAUACCCAAACCGCAGGGAGAAAAUAUUUCUGCAAUCACAUGUGACCUAUCUGAUAUCCGGAAAGAUUGGUUGUCCAUUUUGAUGAUUGUGACUUCUUCUCGAUCAUCGAUAAACAUCCGACAUCUGGAAAAAGCCACUGUUUCUACAGGGAAAGAGGGCUUGCUGUCUGAAGGAAAUGCUGCAUAUAACUGGUCCAGAUGUGUUGAUGAGUUAGAGUCUCAAUUAACAAAGCAUGGAAGUCUGAAGAAAUUAUAUUUCUACCAUCAGCACCUCACAACUGUUUUCAGAAAUACAAUGUUUGGACCAGAAGGACGUCCCCAGCAUUGCUGUGCAUGGCUUAGUGUGGCUAGUAGUUUCCCGGAAUGUGCUUCAUUAAUAAUUCCUGAGGAGGUUACCAAAUUCGGGCGAGACGCAGUGCUUUACGUCGAGUCUCUUAUUGAAUCAAUAAUGGGGGGACUGGAGGGACUAAUAAAUAUUCUUGAUUCAGAAGGCGGGUUUGGCGCUCUAGAAUCUCAGCUUCUUCCAGAACAAGCUGCAGCUUAUCUAAAUAAUGCAUCAAGAAUUUCUGCUCCUUCAAUGAAAUCCCCCAGGGUUGUAGGCGGAGGCGGGUUUACUUUACCCGGCCAUGAGAGCUAUCCCGAGAAUAAUAAAUCUAUCAAAAUGUUGGAAGCUGCAAUCCAAAGGCUGACUAAUUUGUGUUCAAUUCUGAACGACAUGGAGCCUAUUUGUGUUAUAAACCACGUAUUUGUGCUAAGGGAGUACAUGAGAGAAUGCAUCCUUGGGAACUUCAAGAGAAGAUUGAUUACGGCACUACAGACUGAUAACGAUCUUCAACGGCCUUCUGUUUUGGAGUCUCUUAUUAGGCGGCAUAUGAGCAUAGUCCAUUUGGCAGAGCAGCACAUUAGCAUGGACCUAACCCAAGGCAUCCGAGAAAUUUUACUCACAGAAGCCUUUUCAGGGCCAGUUUCUUCUUUGCAUACAUUCGAAAAACCUGCUGAACAACAGCAAAACACUGGAUCUGCAGUUGAAGUUGUGUGCAACUGGUACAUGGACAAUAUCAUCAAGGAUGUGUCUGGCGCAGGAAUCGUCUUCGCUCCGAGGCACAAGUACUUUAAAAGCGCUAGACCUGUUGGAGGGUAUUUCGCAGAGUCGGUCACUGAUCUCAAGGAAUUACAGGCGUUUGUUCGUAUAUUCGGUGGCUAUGGAGUAGACCGGUUAGAUCGGAUGAUGAAAGUACAUACAGCUGCCCUGGUAAACUGCAUAGAAACAUCUCUAAGGUCAAACCGCGAAUUGAUUGAGGCUGCUGCCGCAAGUAUGCAUUCUGGUGACAGAGGGGAGAGAGAUGCAUCUGUUAGGCAGAUAGUGGAUUUGGAUACUGUGAUAGGUUUUUGCAUUGAAGCUGGUGAAGCUUUGGCUUUUGAUGAGCUCCUAGCCGAAGCCUCUGGAGCUGUUCUUGAAGACAAUGCAUCCUUGAUACACUCGAUGAUCUCCGGCAUCGUCGAGCACAUACCAGAAGAGAUACCUGAAAGGAAAGAAAUCAGAAGGAUCAGAGGCGUGGCAAACGGAACUGGUGUAGCUGGGGAUCAUGACUCUGAAUGGGUUAGACUAAUCCUCGAAGAGGUAGGAGGUGCAAAUGACAACUCGUGGAGUUUGUUACCUUACUUUUUCGCCUCGUUCAUGACCUCAAACGCCUGGAACACUACAGGCUUCAACAUCGAGACUGGUGGAUUUAGUAACAACAUCCAUUGCUUGGCUCGGUGUAUAAGCGCCGUCAUCGCGGGAAGUGAAUACGUGAGGUUACAACGUGAAUACCAGCAGCAACAUCAGCCCCUCUCCAACGGUCAUCACUCUGAUGAAAACCUCGACUCAGAGUUUCAACCCCGUGUAACCGCUGAAGCAAGCAUCAAAUCCGCGAUGUUACUCUUUGUAAAAUUCGCUGCAUCAAUCGUCCUAGAUUCAUGGAGCGAGGCUAACAGAUCUCAUCUCGUGGCUAAGCUUAUCUUCCUAGAUCAACUAUGUGAGAUCUCACCAUACCUCCCAAGAAGCUCUCUUGAGUCACAUGUCCCAUACACAAUCCUCAGGUCAAUCUACAGUCAAUACUACUCCAACACACCGUCCACGCCACUCGCAACUGCAUCACCGCACCAUUCACCAUCCGUGUCUCUCAUCCACGCUUCUCCCUCCAUGAAAAACUCCACCACUCCCCAGCGUGGUAGCGGUAGCAGCGGUGGUGCCGCAACCGCUGUGGAUUCAGGGUACUUCAAAGGCUCAUCAUCCUCACUCUACGGUCAAGAUCACUACAAUGAACCCGAAACUGGAAACUCAAGGAGCAAUGAGAGCAGCAACAACAACAACAAACAAAGGGGUAGUUCUCGUCGCUCUGGACCGUUGGAUUACAGCUCCAGCCACAAAGGAGGGUCGGGAUCAAACAGCACAGGUCCUAGUCCACUUCCAAGGUUUGCUGUCUCAAGAUCUGGUCCCAUCUCAUAUAAACAGCAUAAUUGAGUAAGAACGAUGCCACCGUGUUCUACCAAAGAGACGAUUUUGUUUCUUUUUCUCCCAACAAAAUGCAAUUAUGUAGAGAGAUUAGAAGAUUUGUACAAAUCCCUCGCAACACACUUUGUUUAUGUUUUGGAUCAUUCGACUUGUAAUUCGCAAAACCGACUGCAUAAUUUUCUUGUUAAUUUCAUAUUUCCGUUAUCUAUAUAUAUCAAACAUCUAACAAUUUUCAUAUAUAAUAAUUAGCAGAAUUUAUGGUAUACAAUAUCGUAAAAUUAAAUAAUUCGCAGAGCUGUUGGGAAAGAGGUGGACCAAAUCACCAAAAUUACCGAACCCGAAUAACAACAGUCAUCUUCCUUCAUUAGUCCGACUCUGAGCAGCUAAGUAACAUUGUUCAAUCAAUAACCCUAACUUUCUUCAAUCUUCUUCUUCAUCCAAUGGCGCGUAAAUCUUCCCUCCUCAAACGAGCUGCCAUCGCCGUCGUCUCCGUUAUCGCCACCUACGUUAUUCUCAACGCCUCCGUCAGUCGCUCCCUCCCUUCCUCAUCCGAUCUCCCCCGUCAGCUUUUCCGGGAAGAGGAUGAUGAGGGAGGAGCUCCGAUUCAGCAACGAGUUAGGAUUUACAUGUACGACCUCCCCCGGAGAUUCACUUACGGUGUAAUCGAGCAGCACGCCAUCGUUCGCGGCGGGCUCAAGAAGCCCGUCGAUGACGUCACCACGCUCAAGUAUCCGGGUCAUCAGCAUAUGCACGAGUGGUACCUUUUCUCGGAUCUGAACCGACCCGAGGUGGAUCGAUCCGGGUCUCCGCUCGUCCGCGUCACGGAUCCUGCCGAAGCUGAUCUCUUCUACGUCCCGGUGUUCUCUUCCCUCAGCCUAAUCGUGAAUGCGGGUCGCCCCGUCGAUCCCGGAUCCGGUUACAGCGAUGAGAAGAUGCAGGAGGGCUUGAUGGAUUGGCUUGAGCGCCAAGAGUGGUGGAGGAGGAACGAAGGGCGGGAUCACGUGAUACCCGCCGGUGAUCCGAAUGCGCUGUAUCGGAUCCUGGACCGGGUCAAGAACGCGGUUCUGCUCGUGGCGGAUUUCGGGCGGCUGAGGCCUGAUCAAGGAUCGUUCGUCAAAGACGUGGUGAUACCUUACUCUCACAGGGUCAAUCUCUUCAGUGGGGAAAUCGGAGUGGAGUCUCGCAACACAUUACUCUUCUUCAUGGGAAAUCGAUAUCGCAAAGAUGGUGGUAAAGUUCGUGACUUGCUUUUCCAAGUUCUUGAAAAGGAAGAGGAUGUGACAAUAAAACACGGAACUCAGUCCAGAGAGAACCGACGAGCUGCUACAAAAGGAAUGCAUACUUCAAAGUUCUGUCUAAAUCCUGCGGGUGACACCCCAUCCGCCUGCAGGCUCUUUGACUCCAUAGUCAGUUUAUGUGUGCCUGUGAUUGUAAGCGAUAGCAUCGAGUUACCUUUCGAAGACGUCAUAGAUUACAGAAAGUUCUCGAUUUUCGUUGAGGCCAACGCAGCUCUGCAGCCCGGAUUUCUGGUUCAGAUGCUGAGGAAAAUCAAAACCGACAAGAUUCUGGAGUAUCAGAGAGAGAUGAAAUCGGUAAGACGGUAUUUUGACUAUGAGAACCCAAAUGGAGCGGUGAAGGAAAUCUGGCGUCAAGUCUCUCAGAAGCUACCGCUCAUCAAGCUAAUGAGUAACCGCGACAAACGCCUCGUCUUAAUAAACUCAACCGAACCAAACUGCUCAUGUCUAUGCACAAACCAGACGGGUUUCAUCACUUCCAUAUAAACAAGUAUAUAUGUUUCGUGAGAGAGACCUAUUGGUUUGUGGGGGAGCUCCAACUCUCUCCUUCUCAACUUUCUGACCCCUGUGACUUACACAAGCGGAUAUUUCGGCUUCCUUGGCUGGACUUUUCAGGUAAGGAAAGAGAGAGCACAAGCAUGGCAACAGAUUCAUAAGGAAGAUAUAUUUGAAAUCCUUCUUCUGUAGAUUUUAUUAGUUUAUCUCGUUCUUGAUAGUCACACUUUAUACGGACCCAACAGCCAUUCUUUAUUUUUAUAAUAUUGUAACUCUGUACAUUUCAUAAAAAUGAACACAACACAAGCUUCAAUUAGUUUCUGCUAAUGUGUUUUGAGAAAAUAUCUUACUCUAUCAA